GUUGGUACAGCUUGUAAUCUGGUGGUUAAUGAUCAGCUGAAUGCGACUCUUACGCGAUUUUGGCAAAUUGAGCACAAUGCACGUCAAAAUACUCGAUCCCCGGAGGAGCGUGCCUGCGAAGGGCAUUUCGCACGGACGUAUAGGCGUAACCCAGAAGGACGAUUCAUCGUUUCGUUGCCGAUAAAGGAAGAGAACCUCCAAGGGCUUGGUGAGUCACGUGAUAUAGCGGUUCGACGAUUCAAGAACUUAGAGAGGAAAUUCGGGAAGCAGCCACAGCUGAAAGAGGAGUAUGCGAAGUUCAUCCAUGAAUAUUUAAGUUUAAAGCACAUGAGAGAAAUACGAGAUGAUAGCCCAAGAUGGAACGUUCGACAAUAUUAUUUACCGCAUCAUUGUGUAAUAAAAGAAGCAAGCACGACUACCAAAUUAAGGGUGGUUUUUGAUGCGUCGAGCAAGACUGACAAAGGCGUGUCACUAAACGACGCUCUGAUGAUUGGUCCAGUAUUGCAACAGGAUUUGUUCAUGAUAUUGCUGAGAUUUCGAGCAUUCAAAUAUGUGAUGACUUCGGAUAUAACCAAAAUGUAUCGCCAAAUACUGGUAGAGGACAGUCAAACACCAUUGCAGCGUAUUGUUUGGCGAGACAAUCCGUCAGAAGAGAUCAGGACCUAUGAACUACUGACGUUAACCUAUGGAACGGCACCAGCGUCAUUUUUGGCCACGAAAGUGAUUCAACAGUUAGCAGAUUUAGAAGAAAAUCAGUUUCCUAAGGGCGCAGUAAUCGCGCGCAGAGACUUUUAUAUGGAUGACCUUAUAACAGGUGCUGAGACAAUUGAAGAAGCCCUGACGAUCCGCAAUGAGGUAUCAGAAUUGCUUCAAAAGGGGGGAUUCAUACUCAGAAAAUGGGCCUCAAAUCAUCAAGAUUUAUUGAAGGAUAUUGCGGACGAGCUACUGGAUAAUACUGCUUUGGAAUUAGAUAAAGACUGCGCUGCUAAAACGUUGGGUGUUGGAUGGAUUCCUAUGAAGGACGUUUUUCAAUAUUCAAUCAAGAUAGCAACUCUGACAGCUUGUACCAAGAGGAUAAUGCUGUCUAGCAUAGCACAGAUAUUCGAUCCGCUUGGAUUGUUAGCCCCAAUAGUAUUAACG